CAAGGAACUUUUUGACUCAUAUGUAUGUGAAGUCAAAAAUGCCACGUGCCAACUCCGUACUGACUUGGCCACAGGAUCCAGACAGGGAUGGUACGCGCCUGAUGCAUCCGAGAUGGAAACCCCAGAGUACCUCAUGCUGAUACUCAAAAACUAGGUAGCAUCACGGUCGAAGAGUUCGCCAAGGUGAUGUCUCAGAGCCCCGGCCAACCACCGACGGCGGAGGAGGUCGAGAAGAUCGUCAAGGAAGUCGAUCUCGACGGUGACGGCACGAUCAACUUCAAUGAAUUCAUCACCAUGAUGACCGGCCAGCCAUACCCACCGCAGGACGAGGAUGCGGAGUAUUCCAAAGCCUGGAAGCAGUUUGAGCCGUCUCUGAACGGUUCCAUCACCCAAAGCCAGCUCCGGCAGCUGAUGGAUGGCUUGGCGGAGCCUGUCAGUGAUGCCGAGAUUGAUCAACUGAUCAACGAUGUUGAUGGUGAGGGGAAAGUUAGCUAUAAGGAGUUCUUGCACUUUAUCAAGAACAGGAAUGUGGAAGAUGAUAUCCUGAGCGGCUACCAAUGAGUUUGUCGCCGAUCGGUUGCCCAUAAGUAGAGUCGUUGUGAAAGGCAAUAUAUACGUUGAGAAAAAUUUCAAUGAAUGAUAUAACACAUGCCUAGAAGUUGAGCCAUAGAUCAUGUUCACUUGUUUCAGGUGUGAACACUUGUCUGCAGAAAUGUAGAAGUAAAUCUGUAUAUUCUUUGAAUGUAGCGAUGUGCUUAUAUGUG